AUGAUGUUAGCAACGUUUUUGCGACGGUUUCGCAACAGAAUAAAAUUGAAGAAGGCAAAGGGGAAAGACCCUUUGUGGAGAGACGUUUUCAAGCAGACUCACCUUGAAAAGAGUGCAAAGGUGAAGUUGGCAUCUGGAGAGUUGAUUGGGAGCCAACCUGAACAUUGGGUUAAUGAGAAGUCUUGGAUCGUAUUUAACAAAUAUGAGAAGGCAAUGUGUGAGAAAUAUGGCCCCGACCCUAGUCAACAUCCGUUGGGUGAUGUUAAAAUAUGGGAGCAUUGUGUUGGCGGGAGAAAGAAUGGGCGAGUUUACGGGGUAGGAUCAUCAGAUCCAGACAACGUCGUGUCGGGGACACCUUACGAGUGUGGCUCAUCAUCCCAUGAUCAUCAAAAGAAGAGCAUGUUGGAACAAGAAGUGGAGAAACGGGAGGAAAUAAAAGCCAAAUUUGAUAGUGAAGUGAAGUUACGACACGACAUGGAAAGCCGUCUUCUUGGAAAAAUGAAUGAUCUUUUGAAGCAAUUCACCGGAAGAUAA